CUUGAGCCCGAUAUCUUAACAUUUUGAAAGAGCACCAGAUAGCAUUUUACAUCAAUUAUCUCAAAACGACUGACAUCUUAAUCGUAAUGGGUAAACGGAGCCGGAAAGAUAGUACCAAUGGCAAAGAAUCCGCCGGUAAAUCAUUUCUCACAGAAAGCAAGGCUGUCGACCCUACUCUAGCCUUGCUAUUCGCGUCCAGUGUAAGUCUCGAAAUUCUGGUGUCGCGCAUGUUUACUGAUCAACAGUAGGCUGGCCCAGUGCAAGCCCCUCCAAAAUCAAGAUAUCAGGAAGCACCACCUGCGCCUCGAAAGAAUGUGGAAACGCAAGAAGCAGAAACAUCUGAGGGUUCUGACGAUGUUGAGGACGAUGAAGAUCUUAAAAUAGAUGAGGAUGACGAUGAGUUAAGUAGCAUUGACGGCGACCUUGAGGAUGCCGAAAUAUCGGGUCUCACAGCUGAGGAUGAGAGUUCCAACGAAGUAGAUGACGAGACACCCGAAUUGGAUAAAUUCAUCAAAGCCAAAAACGACAAACCGGAACGAAAACGUAAAAGGAAGAACGAUGAGCCGGACCUUGAAGGGAAAUACCUUGAGAAGCUGGCAAGGGAAGAGGAAAAGGAAGAGGAAGAACGCCAAGCCGAAAGACGACUGAAACGGCAGAAGUUAGCUGAGAAGCAAAAUCCGGUUGUGGAGGGAGGUAUGGAGGAAGGCGAUUCUGAUGAGGAGAUGGAAGAUGCUGAAUCUGAUGACGAGGCUGGAGCUGAGAGCGAUGCAGAAGAGUCUGGUUCCGAGGCGAAAGGUCUCGAAAGAAAAACACCAUCUGAUGUUCCUUUACAUGAAUCCCUCGUAGCGGAUAAAGACGCGGCCGAGCUUGAAAAGGCAUCUCGCACUAUUUUCCUUGGAAACGUAGCAAGUUCUACUAUCUCUUCUAAAGCCGACAAAAAGAUCCUUAUGUCCCAUCUAUCCUCUUUCAUUAAUGAUCUUCCUCCUCCUCCGUCGGGCAAACCAUCCCAUAAAUUAGAAACCCUACGCUUCCGGUCAACCGCAUACGCCACUGCUGCACUACCAAAGAAAGCCGCCUUUGCUAAAAAGGAUAUCAUGACUGCUACCACGAAGAGCACAAAUGCGUAUGUCGUCUACUCUACAGCAUUUGCUGCCAGAGAGGCCGUCAAGAAGCUCAACGGAACUAUGGUCCUAGAUCGCCAUCUUCGUGUAGAUGGUGUGGCACAUCCUGCGAAAACCGAUCAUCGCCGAUGUGUCUUCGUCGGUAAUCUUGGCUUUGUAGAUGAUGAAUCUCUUCUUGAACAAGAUGGGGAGAACAGUCGAAAACGGUCAAAAAUACCCUCUGAUGUUGAAGAAGGUCUGUGGAGACAAUUUGGAAAAGCUGGUGAAGUAGAGAGUGUACGAGUUAUUCGUGAUGAAAAAACUCGUGUUGGAAAGGGAUUCGCUUAUGUUCAAUUUAAGGUUACUCUCCUAUGGUCUACCAACAUUUGAACUCUUAUUAACGUAGGAAAACAGGACGUAAAUGCAGUUGAGGCUGCCCUACUUUUCAACGAAAAAAAGUAUCCACCGAUGCUUCCUCGGGUUCUUCGUGUCGUUCGCGCCAAAGCCCAACACAAGCAAGUCUCUUCCCGACCUACCGCUCGUCAACCGAAAUCGUCAAAGUCAUCCCAGAUUUAUAAUCCGAAGGUUGAUCCAAAUCAAGCCUCGUUGCAGGGCAGAGCUACCAAACUAUUAGGAAAAGCGGGUGGUGCGAAGUUCAAGAAAACGGGGGCUAAUGAUACCACUUUGGGUAUCAGAGGAGACAAACAGGCUGGUGGAAGUGGAGAAGCCAAGAGCGGGAUGGCUGGCAUAAAAGCACCUGAGAGCUUUGUCUUUGAGGGUUACAGAGCCAGCGCGAGCAAGGGCAAGCCAAAGGAUUUAAAGUUAGGAGGAAAAGGCGGCGGAAAGAAAAAGAGUAAACCCAGAACAAGGUCGUCGAACAGAGGUGCAGAGUGGAAGAAGCGAGGCUCAAAGUAAGCUUAAAUCAUUGUAAUCAGAAUAAUGUCGACAGGAGUAUCGGUGAAUAAAAUACCUGAGAAUUGCAGCAUUCAGAACAGCCUUGAUUGACAAAUUAUGAAUACGAUUACAUGUACAUGUAAUUUGUCUGUAUUUAUGUUGAAGAAUGCUUU